AGAUCUUUUCAAAGAGACUCCUCUAGAGGCAUCCAGAAUCACUGAUAAAAUUUGAAACCCAGAGUCUCUCCAGGAUGUCCCUCAGCGCUGUAAAUCACCGCAUUCCUCUAAGUGAUGGAAACAGCAUUCCGGUCAUCGGUCUUGGGACAUAUUCAGAGCCUAAACUGACCCCUAAGGGGACCUGUGAGAAGUCAGUGAAGAUUGCCAUCGACGUAGGGUACCGGCACAUUGAUGGGGCCUACAUCUACCAGAAUGAGCACGAAGUGGGGGAGGCCAUCAGGGAGAAGAUAAAAGAAGGAAAGGUGCGGAGAGAGGAUAUUUUCUACUGUGGAAAGCUGUGGGCUACAAGGCAUGACCCAGAGAUGGUCCGCCCAACUCUGGAGAAGACACUUAAUGUCCUCCAACUAGAUUAUGUGGAUCUUUACAUCAUUGAAAUACCCAUGGCUUUCAAGCCUGGAGAUGAACCCUAUCCUAAAGAUGAGAAUGGCAAAUGGUUAUAUCACAAGUCAAAUCUGUGUGCCACUUGGGAGGCUUUGGAAGCUUGCAAAGAUGCUGGCUUGGUGAAAUCUCUUGGAGUAUCCAAUUUUAACCGCAGGCAGCUGGAACUCAUCUUGAACAAACCAGGACUCAAACAUAAGCCAGUCAGCAACCAGGUCGAGUGCCACCCAUAUUUCACCCAGCCAAAACUCUUGAAAUUUUGCCAACAACAUGAUAUUGUCAUUAUUGCAUACAGCCCUCUGGGUACCUCCAGGAAUCCAAGCUGGGUGAAUGUAUCCUCCCCACCUUUGCUAAAGGAUGAACUUCUAAACGCACUGGGAAAAAAGUACAGUAAGACAGCAGCUCAAGUUGUUUUACGUUUCAACAUCCAGAGAGGAGUGGUUGUUAUUCCUAAAAGUUUUAACCCUGAAAGGAUCAAAGAAAACUUUCAAAUCUUUGACUUUUCUCUCACUGAAGAAGAAAUGAAGGACAUUGAAGCCUUGAAUAAAAAUGUCCGCUUCGUGGAGAUGCUCAUGUGGUGUGAUCAUCCUGAAUACCCAUUUCAUGAUGAAUACUGACUUCAGAAUGCUCCUGAACUGAUUUUUCCCUCCCAUGAAUGUCAGAACCUUGGGCCGGGUAGCUCCCCAGAUGAAGAAAUUUUAAAAGUUUUCCUAUCUUUAGAUAAAGUGGUGAUGUUACAUGCUUAAGUUUUGUGCAGAGUAAAUGACUUUGGCUUAGGUAUAUGAAGAAAAAAAUAUGUUUAAAUCUGUUGAAAUAAUUAUUUGUAAAUUAUAAGCUAAUAUUUUAUUGGAUCAAG